AUGUCGACAGACGCCAAGGCCCCGGAGGCCGCGCCUCUCAUGGAUGGCACCAAGGACUACAAGCCUCUCCGUGGUAACAAAUACGACCUGAAGAAGCCGCACAUCACAGAGACACCUAUCACGCCGAGCAACUGGUACAAGCACGUCAACUGGCUCAACGUCACCUUCAUCCUGGGUGUGCCUUUGGCUGGUUGCGUCGCUGCUUACUGGACUCCUCUUCACCUCUACACUGCCAUCUUCUCCGUCAUCUACUACUUCAACACGGGUCUCGGCAUCACAGCUGGAUACCAUCGUCUUUGGGCGCACACCUCUUACAAGGCGACCCUCCCGCUCAGGAUUUACCUCGCUGCUGUCGGCGCCGGAGCCGUGGAAGGUUCCAUCAGAUGGUGGUCCCGAGACCACCGUGCUCACCACCGCUACACUGAUACCGAGAAGGAUCCUUACUCUGUUCGCAAAGGUCUCCUCUACUCUCACCUGGGAUGGAUGGUUAUGAAGCAAAACCCCAAGCGCAUUGGUCGCACCGACAUCACCGACCUCAACGAUGACCCCAUUGUUGUGUUUCAGCACACUCACUUCAUCAAGUGUGUCAUCGCCAUGGGUCUUGUUUUCCCUACUCUUGUCUGCGGUCUGGGGUGGAAUGAUUGGGCUGGUGGUUUCGUCUACGCCGGCAUUCUCCGCAUCUUCUUCGUCCAGCAGGCUACCUUCUGCGUCAACUCCCUCGCCCACUGGCUCGGUGACCAGCCCUUCGACGACCGCAACUCACCCCGUGACCAUGUCAUCACUGCUCUGGUUACUCUCGGGGAGGGGUACCACAACUUCCACCACGAGUUCCCCUCCGACUACCGAAACGCUAUUCAGUGGUGGCAGUACGACCCCACCAAGUGGUCUAUCUGUGUCUGGAAGAAGCUUGGUCUUGCCUACGAUCUCAAGGAGUUCCGAUCAAACGAAAUCGAGAAGGGUCGUGUACAACAGCUGCAGAAGAAGCUUGACCAGAAGCGUGCCACCCUUGACUGGGGCACACCUCUUGACCAGCUCCCGGUCAUCCACUGGGACGACUACGUCGCCGAGUCUAAGAACGGCAAGGCUCUCGUCGCUGUCGCUGGUGUUAUCCACGAUGUGACCGACUUCAUUAAGGAGCACCCUGGUGGCAAGGCUCUCAUUUCGUCCGCCAUUGGUAAGGAUGCCACCGCCAUCUUCAACGGUGGUGUCUAUCUCCACUCGAAUGCCGCCCACAACUUGCUCUCUACCAUGCGUGUCGGUGUACUCCGGGGCGGCUGCGAGGUUGAGAUCUGGAAGCGCGCACAGUCUGAGAACAAGGAUACCAUCACUAUCAACGAUUCGACUGGCCAGCGCAUCAUGCGAGCCGGCGAUCAGCUCACUCGCACCGCACAGCCCAUCUCGAGCGCUGAGGCUGCAUGA